CCCGCCCCACCCACAGUGAAGUCCAAUUUUGCAAACCCUAUCGUCAGCGACCUGCUUCCAUCCCCCUUCAACAAAUCGUUCAUUCCAGUCCGUCUUAACGCCAAAAAUCAUCCAAGAUGGGUAAGGUUCACGGAUCUCUCGCCCGUGCCGGUAAGGUCAAGGCUGCCACUCCUAAGGUUGAGCCCCAGGAGAAGAAGAAGAACCCCAAGGGUCGCGCCUACAAGCGCAUCCAAUACACUCGCCGUUUCGUCAACGUUACCAUGACCGGUGGCAAGCGCAAGGUACAUAAUCGACUCAUUCCAACCAUCACAAACCCGCCCGAAAUCCCUUUUCCAGACAUAUGA